AUUAGUUUCCGCCAGGCUGCUGUGCUCUGUAACCAAGCAACAUGUCCCAGUUAAACAGUUUUAAUUGUAAAUUAAAGUUAAUAAUUCAACAUUCGUAAUGAUAUACGAUUAAGAAAUUUGUUUAGCGAUAAAUCUGAUAAAUUGUUCUGGAAGUUAGCUGUUUCCUUUCAUAAAAGGAAGAUUGAAAACAAAAUGUGUACGUAGCAGGCAUACGGCAAUGCUCACUACAUCCGCACGUCUUGGGUCGUUAGUGAGACUGUAUUGAAUGACGCUCAUACACUUUUUCUGCUGACAAUGGACGAGGAACGAGGAACAAGAAACGAAAAUCUUGUAGCAAAUAAAAAGGAAAAUCCCAUGGAUACAAGGGACGAAAAGCUGUCUACGCUGAUCGACACACUAGAGUACAUUGAAGCUCGUCAAUCCUUACCCGUUCCCAACCAUCUGUUGGAGACAAAAACCUACUCAAAGAUUGGGAGAAAUGCUGUUAUUCAAGCAAAACCAGCAGCUGUUCAUUUUGAGGGCUUCAGAGUCAAUGAAAGGCAUAUGAAGCACCUAACCAUUAUUAAUGCAUCAACAAAUGUUGUGCGGAUGCACGUCAUACCACCGCAGACAAAGUAUUUUAAAAUCCAUUAUAAAAAAAGAGAACAGAUGGUUCCUGGGCUGACUUUAAAGUGCACAAUUGAAUUUAUACCAGAUGAGUGGCGAUACUACUAUGAUACAAUAAAGAUUCAUUCCCCGGGAGAAGAUAACCUUAUGAUUCCCAUUCAUGGAUAUCCUGUUAUGUCAACCAAAGGGUUUCCUCAAGAAUUCACCUUUCCUGACACCCCAGUUGGGCACAGUGUAUCAUACAAAUUCCCCCUGAAAAACAUGGCACCAGUAGACUUUGAGUAUGACCUAGUAUUUAUUCAGCCACACCCUGCAUUUGCAGUUUAUCCAGUUACAGGAAUAAUCCCUGCUAAUGGUGAGAUAGAAGUAACUGUGACAUUUACUCCAUUUGAGUUCCAGACAGCUUGUAUGACUUUACAGCUCAAUAUAUCACAGUUCUGUUCCAUUCCUCUUUUAAGCCGCUUUAUUGGGACUUCAAAGCCUGGUUUGCUUAGGCAAAAAACUCUGAGUGAAUAUGCUGUGGAAAACUCGGAUAUCUUCGAUCCAAGGAGUGUUUCUCCCUUAGACAGGGGACGCUUUAGAAGAAAACGCAAACCAUCUGCAAAGAAUGAGCAGUUCCUAAAGGAGAUGAAAUACAAGGGUUUGCAGUUUCCCAUGGUGAUAAAGUCACCAUAUGCUGUUGCUCAAGUUCUGAACCAGGAGAUAGGAAAGUUAAAAGCUAAGGACCUAAGAGAAACUAUGCUGUCCAAAGGGGAUUUUUCAGAAACAUCUCGCCAAGUAAAGGAGGCCAGAUUUUGUGGUGCAGUGAGACAAAAUGUAUUAGAGGAGCGACAGAACCAACUGCGUUGGCAAGUCAAGCAGGGAGACGAACAGAUUUCAGAUAAAGAGCGCUUCAAUAUACUAGAUAUGCGUGAAAAGGCAUAUCUGUAUUAUAGAUACAACAGACAAGAAGAUGCUGUUCCUCAGGAUGAGUAUGCUCGUCAGGAAACACAGAUCAUUUUCAGGAGAACAAUCAGAAGCAGUUUCAAGACUGCUUUACAUGAAGUACUUUUUGAUACACUCUCAAACAAUGCAUGGGCAACAAGGUACGCAGCAAUCACCAGAUUUGUUCAGGCAGUACGGAAGGUAAUAAUCAGAAACAGAGCAUAUAAGAGGCUAAAUUCACUUCAACAUUUGGUGGUUGCUCAAUGUGAAAAUAACGGUACAUUCAACAAUUCUUCAGAUGGAGAUCAAAACAGAACGAAUCAAAUAGAGAAAGGAAACCAAAAAGAAAUGCAACUGAAUAUCUUGCUGUCUGCAUCAUCAAUUGUUCCUACAUCUUUUUGCAUCUACGUUCCUCCGGACAUAAAGGAUGAAAUGGCAGCAGAUUUCCUUGGACAAGUGCCUGUUUCUCCUACCCAAGUGGUGGUCAAGCAGAAAAUAUCUUACUUCAAUCUUCAGGUUCCACAAAUGUACCGUCUUCAGUCCUAUACUGCUCAAAAUGUUUAUGAUGCCUCACAGACGUACAUAUCAGGACAUCUGGUUCAACAUUUGCGGGAAGGUGCUGAGGAUGAGAUUCUCUCACUGCCACAUACUGCUGUAACUGCAUUGGUGAAAUCCAGCAUCCCACAAAAUGAGAAAUGCAAGACUGACUUGGAUGUGUCACCAGUUGAGAAAGAAAAAGAAGUUUCUGCAGAGACUUUUCAUGACUUGCCUUUAUUCAUUACAAGACCUCCAGAUGCCCUUUUCUUGUCAGUAAACUAUUCUUCUUUACACAUAAUGAAUCCUACUCCAGGCUUGCAGACAUUCCAAGCACCAUUUCCCUAUGCUGAAGUGGACUCAGAGUUUCAUCUAUGCCCUUUACCGAGGUAUUUCAGGAAAGACACACAUGCUAACACUCAUGCUGCCACACAGCGUAGGUACUUGGAUCGUGAGGACACAAUUCGCAGCAUAAUGAGUUGGAAAAAAUUUCCUUCACAAGGACUCAUCUCAUUAGUUAACUUAUCAACACUUACCAAUGUUUGGGUUCCUCGGUGGGAUAACAGUUUCAGCACUGACCUGUUACCAGCAUCAGUGCCUCACUUAUUAAAUGGCUUGUCUUCAGAAGAUUUGAGUGCAAUGGUAGAGGAGCAUGAAUGUAAGCAUCAAGAGUUCUGCCUUACACCAGAUAUGGUUAGUGCACAGUUUGCACUUGUACAACAAACAACACUUCCAGAGGACAGACUUCCAGUAGAUGCUGUUCCUUUUGGAAAAAGGAUGCCUGCUUUGAAUAUUCUUGUUGGUUCGCAAGGACAAUUGUCACGAGAAAAAAGGGAGGAAGACUUGGAGUACUGUAUGACAAAGAAAUACAACCGUUUAGGAGCUAAAAUUGCUCAAAAGAAAGCACACUUGAACUCAAUGUUAACUGAUGCACAAUUGCUUCUGCAGUAGCUUUUCACCAUAUGCUUCACUUCAAUGUCCACAUUUUAAUCUGAUCUUUUGAACAUAGUCGAAUUUCCUUUAAGUGUGGGGAAGGGGGUAGAAAUCUCCAAACACCCCGGCAAAUAUACAGUCUUGUCCAUUGCAUCUUAAAAUGUCCAUAGUUAAGCUAUUUCUCACUGUGAAAAUUCUUUAAAAAUUCAUUUGAGGCAGGAGCUUUUGAUUCAGAUCUUAAUUUUAAAAUGUUUCAAUUUCUACUGUUUUGCAGUAUGUCAGAUCUAUUGUCCCAACACAGGCAAAAUAAUCUCCAAUUUGCAUAAUAACUUUAGAAAAGUUGUUUCAAAAUAUUGGCACAAGUCACAAAUGUGAAUGACUAUUAUCGGUGAUCAAGGAAAAAAAACAUUUAAACUGUAAAAUAGAAUGCAGAAUGAUACAUGCACUUAGUACAGGGUCUUAUUUGCUUCACUAUCUUGAUUGUGAGCAGGUGUGCAUAAAGUGCACGGAGGGAAAGUGCACAUUUUCCUCAGUUCACAGAUCAUCAUUGGUCAAAGGGAAGUAAAUCUUGGUUUUAAGGACUUUUUUUGCAAAACUAUUAUUUGCAUUCAGAAAAAGUUGGUUCAGUGUAUUUAAUCAGUUGCAAAACAAAGUAAAAAUGAAAGUUGAGCUUUUCUUUUUCUUUUUUUUUCCAUCAACCUCAAUUGGACUGUCACUUCAAUAAUUUUACUCAGCAUAAAACUGUCCAUAUUAUGCGCCUACCAACACCAGGGAUAAAAACAUUAAAGUAUGCUAAGAUGCUGAAUCUUUCAAGACAGCAACAAAGUUCUUGUGGUUUGUUAAAUGUUUGAUAAGCACUAAAACUACCACUGUGUUUUAAUAUUGCACCUGCAAUUAUCACUUGCUUAUUCAUCUGCAAGAACAGUGUUUUUAUACGUGGAAUUUACCUGCUGCAAAAUAUUUUAACUAUGGUGUUCAGUUUUUCUUCACCAUGUUGUUUGCUUGAGAGGAAGAGGGGCUGACAUACUGUUGGUGUUAUGUUUGCACAUACAGAAAAGCCAUAAGCAAAUUAAUGGAAUAAAGGAUUUAAUUACUUAUUAGCUUCUACUUUUACCUAGACAGUUGAUUGACAUUAACUUCCAUCAAAUUGACAGAAAGCAGUGUUAGAAAGCAGAAAUUGCAAGAAACUGACACACAAAAAACAGAAACAAAAUUGUAAAAUGCCAUAAUUUUACAGGCUUGGCCAUUUUCCAUAAUUUUGAAGGUUUUCUAUAAUGAUUAUGGAUAGAUAUGCAAUAUGUGUGGAGGAAUAGGCAAUAUUUUUAGAAGAGCUAAGUGAAAUGGGAGGUUAGUCAAUAAUCAGCGCCAUCAAAACAAGCUGCAAUAAAAUCUGGAAAAACAGAUUAUGACUUUCAGUAGGGUCUAGUUUCACUUUCUAAAAAGGCCUAUGGCUGCUGUUGAAAAGCUGUUGCACCAGUGGCAUUAUUAUAGUCACUUGAGAAAAGGUAUCUUGUAAUGCAUAAUUGCACACUUUUUUCUAAAAUACAUAUGCAAUUUAUAAAAUGUAUCAUAUAAUAAUAUAUAAAAUGCUUAAAUGCUUGGCACUUUUGUGCGACAUAAGAACAGACUUUUCACUUUGGUAUUUGCACCAGUUGCACCAGAACAAAAGCUCUCUGUAGGAUUUAUAUAUGAUAUUUCCACUCUGUUAGUUACAACAACAAAUAUGGGUUAGCUGAGGCCUGAGGUGUUUCAAAAUAGUCACAUUUUUCUGCUUACAAAUGCAAGAAAAUUAGUAGGUAUACUGAGCUGUCACAUCACAAACUAAUAUCCGUCCAUGGUCACAUGUACACAUUGUACUGACAGAUGAUUUGAUUCUUGUGAAAAAAAGUGGAUUUGCAUGGACUAACUGGAUUGCGUGUAGCACUAGAUUUGUCCUAAACUGCUAGGACAACAAGGACUUCUGCAUAAACAUUUUACAUUUUGGACACAAAAAUCACACGAAGGUCCACAGAAAGUAUGAGGUGCUCAUAUUAUGAUAUGAAAUUGUAGUAAUAGAUGUAAAUAGGCUAUACAAAGCAGUAUUAAUAUUUUCUUAGUAAAUAUUUUUGAUUGCAGUAUUGCAGACAUUUUUUAAAGAUUUGUGGCUGUAUUUUUCUUUUAUAUUUUUAGCUGAUAAACAUACUGAUAAUUAUUAAACUUUGAUAUAAUAAUGUGUUGAUGAACAUAACAUUAUGUAUAUAGCUACAAAAAGCUAAAUUGUAUUAUAUAUAUAUAUAAGAAUAACAAUGCAUUUGUGUAUAUGCUUUAUGAAAUAUUAAUAUUAUCCUGAAGAUUAUAAUACAGGGGGGCCACUUAAAAGUAGCCCACCUCAUCUGAUCCCAUGAUGUAUUAUAUGUGUUAUAUUGUAAGGAUAAUAAACCCAUUUAGAAAACA